CCGGGGGUGCAAAGGGGAACGCAGGGGUACAAGCGAGUGUGUGUGUGUGUGUGUGUGUGUGUGUGUGUACGCGCGCGCGUGCACGGGACCCACGGGGGAGGGGGCGCGAAACCCAGGGCGGGAGUAGGGGCGGUGACAGCUGCUGUGGCCGCCGCUGGGGCCCGGAGCACCCGGGCAGGGGCGGCAGCCGGGCUUGGGUCCCUGCAGCGGAGCGGCAGCGGCAGACAGCCGGCUAGCAAAUAGCCGGUUCUGCCCGGUGCGCCCGGCUGCCGCCGCUGCCGCCGUUGCUGCUGCUGCCGGGGCUGGGGCUGGGCCGCGUACCGCUGCCGCUCAGGCUGCCGCGGCUGCCCAGGCUGCGGGGCUGGAACGGGGCUGGGGCCGCUGCCCCAUCUGCUCCUCGCCCUGGGUCCCUCCCUGCUUCCCUCGCUUUGCUUCUGCCUCUGCCUCUGCCUCUCUGUCUCUCCACUCAACUCCUUUCCUUCUCAUCUCUCCGUUGCCUCUUCUGUCUCUUCUGUCUCUUCCUUCCCUGUCUCGGACGCUCCGCUCUGUCUGACUGUCCGCCCGUCCUUCCUUUCUAUUCCGCCUCUCUGCGUGUUGCUUCCCCACCGGGCGAUAAGGCUCAGUUAGCCGGCAGCCCCCUGUGUCCGUCCAUCAGUCUGUCCUCUCUACUCAGCCUGCCGCUGUCUGGCUCAAGGAGGGAUUGAGGAGGAGCUUCUAGAAACUAACUCCCUUAAAAAAAAAAAAAAAAAAAAAAGCCUACUAGGAUAAGAGCAGCCGUGGGCCGGCCCCCUCCUCCCGGCGGCCCCCCACCCCUCUUUGCUUUCCUCCUCCCUCCCCUGCCUACCAUUCCCACUGCAUCCCUCCUGUCUCCUGACACGCCGGCUGAGAAGAAGCUCUUUUCACUGAGGAGAAGAGGAGGAGGAGGAGGAGGAAAAGGAGAAGGAGGAGGAAAGAGCAGCGGCAGUCUGAGCAGCAGCAGCCUGAGUAACAGCAGCAGCUAUAGCCUCAGCAGCAGCAGUAGCAGCAGCGGCAGCGGCAGCGGCAGCAAGCCCUCGUCCGGGCGACCCGGGUUGCCUCCAGGUGACGAUGCUCUGGCUCUCCCCCAGCGUCCGGCCUCUGGCUCCGCGGCAGUGGCUGGCUUCCCCUGGGAUUACCUUCAGUGUCUGGCUGCUGCUGAGUAACCUGUGGGUCCAGAUGUCUCUGGCUUCCUCAUUCCUGACAGGUUCAGUUGCUAAAUGUGAAAAUGAAGGUGAAGUCCUCCAGAUCCCCUUUAUCACGGACAACCCAUGCAUAAUGUGUGUCUGCUUGAAUAAAGAAGUGACAUGUAAACGAGAGAAGUGCCCACUGUUCUCCAAAGACUGUGCUCUGGUGGUUAAGCAGAGGGGAACCUGCUGUGAACGAUGCAAAGGCUGCAGUUAUGAAGGAAAUACCUACAACAGCUCCCUAAAAUGGCAGGUCCCAGGCAAUCCCUGCGUCCUUCACCAGUGCCAGGAAGGAGUUGUGACCAAGGCAGAAAUGCGCUGUGUGGUUCAUUGUAAAAACCCAAUCAAGCAGCAGGGGGUGUGCUGUCCCACCUGUCCAGGCUGUGUCUUUGAAGGCGUCCAGUACCAUGAAGGGGAAGAGUUUCGGCCCGAAGGGGACAGGUGCACCAAAUGCUUAUGUACUGGCGGUCAGACACAAUGCGUGAGAGAAGUCUGCCCCAUUCUGUCCUGUCCUGAGCACCUGAGUCAGACUCCACCAGGACAGUGUUGUCCCCGAUGUGUAGGGCAGAGGAAAGUGUUUGAUCUCCAGUUUGGAAGCUGCCUUUUCCGCAGUGAUGUCUACGACAACGGCGCCUCCUUCCUCUACGACAACUGCACAGUUUGCACGUGCCAGGACUCCACCGUGGUGUGCAAGAAGAAGUGCUCUCCCCCGGGAGCUUGUGCUAAGAGCAAAGACCCAUGUUGUGAAGAGUGCCUUGUACGGGUGCCCCCAAAAGAUGUCCGUGUGUGCAAGUUCGGGAACAAGAUCUUCCGGGAUGGAGAGAUGUGGUCCUCCGUUAAUUGCACCAUCUGUGCUUGUGUGAAAGGCAAGACUGAAUGUCAGAAGAAGCAAUGCAUUCCUAUCAACAGCUGCCCACACGGUAAAAUUCUGAAUAGGAAAGGAUGCUGUCCUAUUUGCACUGAAAAGCCCGGCGUUUGCACUGUAUUUGGAGACCCCCACUACAACACUUUUGACGGACGGACAUUUAACUUUCAGGGAACAUGUCAGUACGUUUUGACAAAAGACUGCUCCUCCUCUGCCUCACCCUUCCAGGUGCUGGUGAAGAAUGACGCCCGGAGGACCCGGUCCUUCUCUUGGACCAAGUCUGUGGACCUCGUGGUCGGCGGCAGCACGGUCAGCCUCCAGCAGCAUCUCACGGUCAAGUGGAACGGUACCCGGAUAGCCCUGCCCUGGGAGACUCCUCACUUCCAGAUCGAUCUGGACGGCUACCUCCUGAAAGUGACCACCAAAGCAGGUUUGGAAAUCUCCUGGGACGGAGACAGUUUUGUGGAAGUCAUGGCUGCCCCACAUCUACAGGGCAAACUCUGUGGCCUCUGUGGCAAUUACAAUGGGCACAAACGGGACGACUUAAUUGGGGGAGAUGGCAACUUCAAGUUCGACGUGGAUGAUUUUGCUGAGUCCUGGCGAGUCGAGUCAAAUGAGUUUUGCAACCGGCCUCAGAGAAAGCCAGUGCCCGAGCUCUGCCAAGGGACGGUGAAGGUGAAGCUUCGAGCACACAGGGAAUGCCAGAAGCUCAAAGCCUGGGAGUUCCAACCCUGCCAUUCUACUGUAGACUACACGACGUUCUAUCGGUCCUGUGUGACAGACAUGUGCGAGUGUCCGGUCCAUAAAAACUGCUAUUGUGAAUCCUUCCUGGCCUACGCCCGAGCGUGCCAAAGGGAGGGGGCCAAAGUCCACUGGAGGCCGGAGCAGCACUGUGCAGCCACCCAGUGCAAACACGGUGCUGUCUAUGACACCUGCGGGCCCGGAUGCAUCAAGACAUGCGACAACUGGAACGAGAUCGGCCCCUGCAACAAGCCGUGUGUGGCAGGCUGUCACUGUCCUGCCAACUUGGUUCAUCACAAAGGGAGAUGCAUCAAACCAGUCCUGUGUCCCCAGCGGUGACCUUUGCUUAGGACCAAAGACUUGGAAAGUUGGCGUCCCUGUCGCCUGCUUGAACAACCAAUGAAGGACUAUGAGUUUUAAAUGCAGAUUCUGCAAAAAACGCGCCCAGAGUACAUAUGUGUAAAUAUACAGAUAUAUAUACAUUUAUACAUAUACACAUAGACACGUGUGUAUGUAUAGAUGUAUAGAGAGAGAUUCAAAAACAUACAACAUUUAUAUAAACCAUAGAAGGAAGAAUUAUUAUAUGUAUAUUUUUUGCUAUAAGACAUGUAUUAUUUCUAGGAUUCUAAUCUGUAAGCCAUGGCAGUUAUUGUAUAAAUAAACCCAAUGUUUCUAAUUUAAUCAGGUGGCAUGGCAGCCUCAUGGAUGGCUUUCCCAAUGCAUAAACUUCAAGGAAGUUUUCUAAGUAUCCCAAGUGUUCUGAUGGCCUUCAUUUUGAUCCUGUACCAGGAUUUGUAGUUGGAUGGAGAACACGUCUCCCUGGAGGAAGAGACUUGGUCUGUGGGCAGGAAGGAAAUGUGUACUUGUGAAAGCUGGUUGAGGGAUUGGGGAUGGAAGUGAAAAUGGAUGGACAGCUGGGUAUUUGGGACCCAUAGCGUUGAUAGUGUUCCCAAGACUGAUUUGGCCAGAUGCCAGGAUGGUGAUAUUUGGUAAUGGAACUAAACCAAAGAGCCAAAUAAUUUCUUCAUUGAAAAUAUUCCUUUUAAUUGUAUUUUUAUCUGACUACCCUUCUUACACACAUGCACAUGUACACAUACAAAUACAUAUGGCACCCCAACAAUCUCAGCUUAGUUUAAUAGCUUAUUAUUGCCUUAAGACUUUGGUUUAUUCUAUAGAGGCAAUAUGGUGGAAUAGAUAGAGCCCAGAAGAUGGUUUUAAAAUCUUGCUUAUGAUAGUGACCCUGGACAAGCCAAGUAACCUCUCAUAUAGCCCCUGACUAUAAAUUUCAGACAAAUGGCUGACCUACAUUGGUCAUCCAGGAGUUCUCUAGACCAAUGACAUCCCAGUUCCAGACUCAAUCCUGAUAUAAAUCAGCUAAUCAAUAAGCAUAUAUUAUGUCCCAGGCAUUGGGAAAAAUAUCGAGGCACAAAGAAAGAGCAAAAACAGUCCCUGUACUCUGGGGGCUUAUACUUUAACAUACGUAAGUCAGAAAAUGCAAGAUCAAUACAACUAUCUAGAUGGAGGGUAACUUGAGAUGGGCUGACACUAGCAUGUAGAGGGAACCAGAAAGGCUUCCUGGGAGAGGUGAUUCUUGGAAUGAGCCUUAAAGGUUUCUAAGAAUCAGAUUUGAGGCAUGGAGAAUGGGCGCUAUAAAGCCUGGAGAUGAGAGAAUGGAUGGUGUAUGUGUGAAGUAGCCCGCAGGCCAGUUUAACUACAGUGUAGAGCAUGUAAAAUAAGUGAAAAUUGGAAAAGUUAAGAAGGGACUAGCCUGUAAAGAGUUCAAGUAGCAAAUAAAGGUUACAUUAAUAGAUGCGGAAUUUAUUGGAAAGAGAUCCAGUGUCCAUUUACUCCAACCCAAACUGGAGCAAGAAUCUUCUCUAUCACUUCCUUUUUUGUUUGUCAAAUUUUACUUCCUUGUGUCCAUGUUUAUUUAUUUUUUAUUGUGGUGAGUUUAUUUAUUUUGGAUACACAUUGCUUUAUGAAUCAUGUUGGGAGAGAAAGAUCAGAGCAAAAGGGAAAAACCAUGGGAGAGAUUAAAAAGAAAAAAGAAAAAAAGAAGUGAACAUAGCAUGUGUUGAUUUACGUUCAGUCUCCUUAGAUCUUUUUCUGGAUGCAGAUCUAUCCUUUCUUAAAUAAAUGAUUCUGUACCCUCUAUUUGAACGGAGGUGAUCCCACUACCUCCUGAAGAAGGUCAUUGUGCUCUUGGAUGAUUCUAAUUAUAAAUCAGUUUCCUCCUACAUUUACUUCUUCCUUGUCUUCUGGGGCCAAACAAUAAAUUUAAUCCUUCUCCAAAAUGGAAACAAUUAUCUGGUCCCCAUUCAUCUCUGGGCUGGAUAUCCUCAGUUCCUUUGAUGAUCUUUGGAAUGGUGUGAUUACCGGGUCUCUCUCCCUCCUGGUCACACUCUUGUCUUGUUAAUCAUAUAUUCCAUGUAUAGAAAUGAUUAAAGUUUAACUGUCUGCUAAAGAAGUCCUCUGAUGUUUUGCUGUGGUUUGGUUGUGAAUCUGGGGUUCCCAAAUCCAAUCUCUGGCCCAUUCCAUCCCCAU